AACCACCCAGGCGCCCCACAAUAAGAAUAUUUCAAAUCCAGAUAAUUGGUCACUUACCUGGUGCCCUCAGUGCAAAUCCUCUCCUGUGUUCUUUAGGAAUGUAGCUUCUGUAUCCCCCUGUAGAUAACUAGAUGAUAAUGUAUACACAUCUGACCAUGGCCCUUGUGAUUUUCUACAGCAAAAGCGUGGUGUAGAGGGGAGGAAUCUGUACAGUAAGCUGACAGAUGGAACUGUGCUUUGGUCUUGCUGAUUUCCCAGUUGGGCUGCCCAUUUCUUUUCUGCAGGCUUUUGGAAUUUGUGGUCUGCUAUUUAGUGUCUUACUUCUCUUGUAGUCAGUAUUGGCAUUGGGAUUUGCUACGUGGCUGUCUUCUCUCCUUUCUUGUACGUUGUAUUUCGUGGUCCUGUAGCAUUCAGCUGCGGUCAUCGGUGUCCUGAUUGUUGGCAUGUUCUGUGGUCUGUGAGUGUGUGAACGCUGUUGGUAUUGGUCAUAGAACUGUGAGUUCAGUUUUGCUGCCAUCUUUUCUCUGCUGCUUCUCAUGUCCCUCUAUCCUUCCUAGGCGGAUUUUAUUUGAAAACUGAAUUGGAUUCUGUCUUUGCCCUUCUAGCUUGGAAAUCACUUACUCCGACAAAUUUAUCUCGCAGCAUCUCACAUCUUACAGCUUCUACUGUCACUCACAUGCCUUUUGAGGACCAGUCUCCUAUUUCAAAGUUCUGCGUGGAGCUUAAACCGGCAUCCCACAGAUAACUUUAAAACGAAGCAAAACAAACAACUGCUUUCAAAACGGGGAAACUUUUCAUCUUCCCUUCUAGGAAAAAGCAAGAAAAACAAAAACACUGUCUCUCUUUUACUCCUUAACGUGGUUGAUGACGUGAGUUCUGGGUUCCCGCUAGAAAUGUCAGUUACCUUUGUCACUCCUUCUCUUUCGUCGUUCUUCUCAGUCUUGUUGAAGAAGAUGUGUUGGUCUUCCUGUUCCCCUCCUCCCAUUUCUGCUGCUGCUCAGGCCUUUCCCAGCUCUCGUCUCGGGUAGGGAAGUAGCUUUCUGUCGAUUUUCCCGGCGGUCUCUGUGUCCGCCCAUCCUCCACCCAGCUUCCAGGAUGACUGUUGUGGAGUGUGAAUCUGACUCUGCGUAGGCCCUGCUGGUAAGCUAGAUGAUCCCCCGAAUCGCCUACACAGUAAAGCCCACAAUUUCUUUAGUGCUCUAUUUAAGGACCUUUACAAUCUGUGCCUUCAAAUUCCUUUUCCAGCCUUCUCCCCCAUCUGUGAACCUCUUGUUCUAAUGAAAUUCGACUUCCCACUGUACCAAUGCUGUGCUAUUUCUCUGUGUUUUGUACAUAGUGUUUCUUUUGCCCUACUGAAUCCUACUCGUCUUCUGAGGCUGAACUCUUCAUAAAGUCUUUUUCAACAUCCCUACUGUGUUCCCUUUACUCUCGUCUCACAGCACUGCAUGCGUGCAUUUGUGCAGCACAAAUAGUGCCUGAUGUACGGUGAUUUGUGAUUGUUUUGCUUGCUGCCUUAUGCGCAGGCAAAAUCGUUUCUGUUUUGUGGCUCGCCGUUUAGCAUUCGACACCAGAGAGGAAGCCUUCACAGUGUUUAUAAUGAAUCUGGGAUAUAGUGACAACUUAAAAGUGCUUGCGGAAUGAAUUGACAGAAGGAAAGGCCUUUCAAAUAUAUAAAAAUAUACUCUAGGCUGUAAGUAACAGUCAUUUUCUUAUCUUCCUUUCUUUUCACCGUUCCUUCUUAUCCUUGUGAGAAACCUGCACCUCCGUCCUUGUGUAUUCUAAUAAGUGAAUGCUGUCUCUUCAGGAGGAACAGGUGUUUACGGGGUGUGAGAUGAUCUGAGGAAGAUGAAGCCUGCGAGCCAGGCCUGUGGGAUUUCUAGAGAAGCAGGUUGUGGCGAGGGGAGGCACCCCUGUCAAGGGAGCUAGGACUACAGUAUCUUUCUGCGUUUAUUUCUUGCAGUGCUAAUGGGGACGCAGUAUUUUGAAGUUUUUCCAUAUUGAGCUUACUGUAGUUGUGAUUAUUUUCUUCACAGUUAUGUUUUCUAAAUACUCACUCGUUAUUAAGUCUUCUGUUAUGACAUUUCACAAUGAUGAAAAAAAGUGACCUAGAAAUUAAGCCUGAAGUUUUCAGAGGCUGCUUUAAAGCCUGCUGGAUAUGGAAGGUGGAAUGUUACAGGAGAAAGAACACUACCCCUGGGGAGUCCAAACAGCUAAGUGCUGUCGCGUACAAACCGCAUUGUGACUUGAAGCAAGCCUCCUCUGAGCCCCGGUUAAAGUGCGGCCCAGUCGUAGGAUCUGGUGAGGUUCCAGUGAGGAUAUGAAAAGGAACUUCCGGGUUUCAAAGUCAAGGAAGAACCAAACUUCCAUGGAGGGAAGCCGGGGAGCACUGCGGUGGUGCAUUUGUCUGAUCGCCAGUUACACAUGGAGUGUGAGACGGAAGCACCUUACGGCCAUCGACUGCCAACAUUUGGCUCGGAGUCACUUGGCUGUGACCCAGCCCUUCGGUCAAAGAUGGACCAACAGAGACCUGAACCAUGGUCUCUAUCCUAGACCCAGAACAAAAAGAGGGACUAGGGGUCCAGGAUGUCCAAGAUACAACACUGAAUUCUUCCCAGCCGGCCAGCAGCGGUGCAUCAAUGACAUGGCCAAAAGCAAUUCUGUGGGCCAGGACACCUCUAAGGACUCGGAGGGGGAAAUGAUCUUCGCUGCAGAGAGCAAUUGUGCCCUGCCUCAGGAAGGUGAUGCAGAAGUAAGACUGGGCUCGUCGGGGUCUGCUCUGCCUGCAAGGAAGCGGUCUCGGUCCUUUGAGGACGACAGAAAUCAAGGGACAGGGACCAGUCAGUGGGAUGGGGUUUCUAAAAAGACGCCACGGCAUCGUUUAUCCCUGUCGUGCGCAAGACCCAGGGAAGCCAGGCAAGAAGCCGAGGACUCUCUGUCACGGCGCUCCGCAGAGUCUGGAGAACCUGGCCAGGAAGUGGAGGACAUUGGUCCUGAUCCCAUUCCUGACUCUUAUUAUGGGCUUCUUGGGACCUUGCCCUGCCAGGAACCCCAGAGCCACAUAUGCAGCCUGCCCAGUGAAGUCCUCAGGCACAUCUUUGCCUUCCUCCCCGUGGAAGAUCUCUGCUGGAAUGUGAGCCUAGUGUGCCACCUUUGGAGAGAGAUCAUCAGUGAUCCGCUGUUCAUUCCUUGGAAAAAGCUGUAUCAUCGAUACCUGAUGAAUGAAGAGCAAGCUGUGAGCAAAGUGGAUGGCAUCCUGUUGAACUAUGGUAUUGAGAAGGAGUCAGACUUAUGUGUGCUGAAUCUCAUCCGCUAUACGGCCACGACUAAAUGCUCCCCCAGCGUGGACCCUGGACGGGUGCUGUGGAGUUUGAGGGACCACCUCCUCCUUCCUGAGGCAGAGGCAUGCGUGCGUCAGCACCUCCCUGAUCUCUAUGUGGCGGCUGCCGGUGUCAACGUGUGGGCUUUGGUAGCGGCCAUCGUCCUCCUGUCCAGCAGCGUGAAUGACAUCCAGCAGCUGCUGUUCUGCCUCCGGAGGCCCAGCUCCACCGUGACCAUGCCAGACAUCACUGAGACCCUGUAUUGCAUCGCUGUGCUUCUCUACGCCAUGAGGGAGAAGGGGGUCAACAUCAGCAACCGGAUUCACUACAACAUUUUCUAUUGCCUGUAUCUUCAGGAGAAUUCCUGUACUCAGGCCAGACAAGUUAAAGAGGAGCCAUCAGUUUGGCCAGGCAAGAAAACAGCCAUCCAACUUACACAUGAACAACAGCUGAUUCUGAGCCAUAAGAUGGAACCUCUCCAGGUGGUAAAGAUUAUGGCAUUUGCAGGCACCGGGAAGACCUCUACCCUGGUCAAGUAUGCUGAGAAGUGGUCUGAGAGCAGGUUUCUGUAUGUGACAUUCAACAAGAGCAUCGCAAAGCAGGCCGAGCUAGUCUUCCCCAGCAAUGUCAUCUGCAAAACCUUUCAUUCCAUGGCCUAUGGACACGUCGGGCGGAAGUACCAGUUAAAGAAGAAAUUGAAUCUCUUCAAGUUGACCCCCUUCAUGGUCAAUUCUGUCCUCGCUGAAGGGAAAGGUGGAUUCAUAAGGGCCAAGCUAGUAUGUAAGACUUUAGAAAACUUCUUUGCCUCGGCUGACGAAGAGCUGACUAUUGAUCACGUGCCUAUCUGGUGUAAGAACAGCCAAGGACAGAGAGUCAUGGUUGAACAGAGUGAGAAGCUGAACGGUGUCCUUGAAGCCAGCCGACUCUGGGACAACAUGCGGAAGUUGGGGGAAUGCAAAGAAGAGGCUUACCAAAUGACUCAUGAUGGCUAUUUGAAACUCUGGCAGCUGAGCAAGCCUUUGCUUGCCUCUUUUGACGCCAUCUUUGUGGAUGAGGCCCAGGACUGUACCCCAGCUAUCAUGAACAUAGUUCUGUCUCAGCCAUGUGGGAAAAUCUUUGUAGGGGACCCACAUCAGCAGAUCUAUACCUUCCGCGGUGCAGUCAAUGCUCUGUUUACAGUCCCUCACACGCACGUCUUCUAUCUCACACAGAGUUUCAGAUUUGGCGUGGAAAUAGCGUAUGUGGGAGCGACUAUCUUGGAUGUCUGCAAGCGAGUGAGGAAAAAGACUUUGGUUGGAGGAAACCAUCAGAGUGGCAUUAGAGGUGAUGCCAAAGGCCAAGUGGCCCUGCUGUCCCGGACCAAUGCCAACGUGUUUGAUGAGGCCGUGCGCGUGACCGAAGGAGAAGCCCCUGCGAGGAUACAUCUGAUUGGGGGGAUUAAAUCCUUUGGAUUGGACAGAAUCAUUGAUAUUUGGAUCCUUCUUCAGCCGGAGGAAGAACGGAAGAAACAGAACCUCGUUAUUAAAGACAAGUUUAUUAGAAGAUGGGUGCACAAAGAAGGCUUCAGUGGCUUGAAGAGGUACGUGACUGCAGCCGAGGACAAGGAGCUGGAAGCCAAGAUUGCCGUCGUUGAGAAGUAUAACAUCCGGAUUCCAGAACUGGUGCAGAGGAUAGAGAAGUGCCACAUAGAAGACCUGGACUUUGCAGAGUACAUUUUGGGCACUGUGCACAAAGCCAAAGGCUUGGAGUUUGACACCGUGCAUGUGUUGGAUGAUUUUGUGAAAGUGCCUUGUGCCAGGCACAACCUUGCGCAGCUGCCCCACUUCAGAGUCGAGUCGUUUUCUGAGGAUGAAUGGAAUUUACUGUAUGUUGCAGUAACCCGUGCCAAGAAGCGUCUCAUCAUGACCAAAUCCUUGGAGAACAUUUUGACUUUAGCUGGGGAGUACUUCCUGCAAGCAGAGCUGACCAGUAAUGUCUUGAAGACCGGAGUGGUGCGCUGCUGUGUGGGGCAGUGCAACAAUUCCAUCCCUGUGGACACCGUGCUAACCAUGAAGAAGCUCCCCAUCACUUACAGCAACAGGAAGGAAAACAAGGGUGGCUACCUCUGCCACUCCUGUGCGGAGCAGCGCAUCGGGCCCUUGGCCUUCUUGACCGCCUCCCCUGAGCAGGUGCACUCCAUGGAACGCACCAUCGAGAACAUAGUGCUGCCCAGACACGAAGCCCUGCUCUUCCUUGUCUUCUGAAAGCCAAGAGGAGCUUUCUCCACGGUAUAGAAUGCCUUGUGUGGACUCGAGUUACUUGAAGAAAGCCAGUGUGGGGUAGGGUUCUCACUCAGCUGAGACUCUGAAUUCACUCACAGAGCAUUUUUUGAGGAAUACGAAGCCAACGAGAGUUGGACCUGCCAUUUCUCCAUUCCCUGUAGGUAGCCAGUUUCCACUGCCCCUGCUCUAUGCGCGUCAGGCUGGGGAUGCGGGGGAUGUUCUUUUGAUAAAAAAAACAUUUUAUGUAUUUAAACUUUUAUUACAAGGUUUCAAUUAAACAGGCAUUGUAGCACUGGCAUACCACUGUGUGACACUGGCCUCAGCCCUGUGGUUUUUGAACUUUCUCCAACUUUCUCUUUUUCCCACUCACUCUUUUCAACAUCUGUGUCCCUGCUCACAUGAUGAUCAAGCAGAGUAUGGGACUUCAUGUCUGGGUGAUAAUUGACAGAUCAGAACACGAGAGGUUUUUUGUGCCGUGGGAAUCACAUGUGUAUAACAUGUAGUGUGUGCCUUUGUCAUUACACGGGGUUCAUGGUUGGAAGAGGGGAGCAACAUAAUACACGAAAAGACAAACACAGAGUGACAACAGCCAGACUUCUUGUGUUUCCCACCUGUAGAACGGAGGAUCAGAAAUACCUGACAGAGAAGUGGAGUUGUCUGGCCACUGUGGGGGCGGGGAGAGGGGUCUCGGGAGAGACGGGAGAUUGGUACCUGGUUCACUGCCUGGGGAUGCUGGGUGGAUGUAAUAAAGCAAUUCUUACAGAAACCGAUGA